GGCUACACGUUUUGCAGACACUGUAGGAGGGAGCGUCGGGAGUCUUAACUGGCAAUGCCGCUGAUCCGCGGACCAAAGUCGUACAUAAAUGAUGAUUGACAAAUCGUCAUAGUCAAGCGAAUUCGUCAUAGGUUGUGACAUCUUGCAUGCCGACAAACAUGGACAGAGUAGGGACGGUACCGGACAUACCGAAGACGCCUGAUUCAACCGAACUCGGAGACUGCAGGAAAAUCCGACCACUACAACAGAUGAUUGCAUCAUGCUCUGGGGCGCUGCUAGUCUCCUUAUUUGUCACUCCCUUAGACGUUGUGAAAAUCCGCCUUCAGUCCCAGCAAAAGGUGUCGCCAUCGAUGGGACGACCCGAUAGUUAUUGCACUAGCCGACUCCUAAGAAACCGCCUUGCUUCUGUUCCAGUCACACCUCUUGAUGUCGUCAAGAUCAGACUCCAGGCUCAACACAAACCAUUGCAGCGUGGACAGUGCUUCCUCUAUUGCAAUGGCCUCAUGGACCAUAUCUGUAUAUGCGUGAACGGUCGGACUAUCAAGCAACCGUGGUAUAAAAUGCCAGGGCGUUUCAAUGGGACCCUGGAUGCGUUUAUUAAAAUCACACGUGCGGAGGGUAUCGGGUCGCUAUGGAGUGGACUACCCCCUACACUAGUAAUGGCUGUACCAGCAACUGUUAUCUAUUUCACAUCGUACGAUCAAAUCAAAUAUACCAUGGGAUUCCGAGAAGGUCAGCGUGAAAAGUUAUGGAUUCCUGCCAUUGCUGGUAGUGUGGCAAGAGUUUUUGCAGCAUCUGUGAUCAGUCCAAUUGAACUAAUACGAACCAAGAUGCAGUCGACUCAGCUGAGUUACAGUGAUAUUGGCGUGGCUGUGCGAGAUGCCGUAUCGCAUGGUGGUAUCCGAUCUCUCUGGUCCGGUCUCGGGCCGACCAUUCUAAGAGACGUCCCCUUCUCAGCAAUCUACUGGUUAGGAUUUGAGGCCAUGAAAUCCUACUCGGCCGAAAAUGAAAAAAGAGAAUUGACAUUCACGCAGAACUUCAUGGCUGGUGCUACUUCUGGAACGAUUGCUGCUAUUCUUACUCUACCAUUCGAUGUUGUUAAAACUCAUCGCCAGAUUGAACUUGGCGAGGCAUCUCUGACUGACAAGAAAACCACCAGGUCAACAUGGCUCAUGAUGAGAAAUAUCUAUAGAAGUCAAGGUCCAACUGGAUUAUUUUCUGGUUUGGUACCGAGGUUGAUCAAGGUCACGCCAGCAUGUGCAAUCAUGAUCAGCACAUACGAAUACGGCAAGUCUUUCUUCCGGGCUCGAAACAGUAGCACGCUGGCAUUGUCAAACGAGUAAGACGUUAUAUUCGUGAUAAAGUCUGCAUUUGUGACAUCCAUAUUAGUGUCGAGAUGUCAGGACUUGAAGGGACACUGCUUGUGGUUCCUUGGGAACUUUGAAGCAGUGUAGGGCGGGGUGUUACUCCAACAGUCGCAUUCUAAAGCCCGUUACACACGAGGGACUUCUCACCAACUUAGUUGGAAUUUUAAUUCAUAACAGGAAUCCAGACCAGGUAACUGAUACUUUGCCCGAUUGGUUGGAGUUGCUGGCUGCACUACCGACUUGUUCUAUUUCUCGACGACAUCUUUUGUUUAUAUAAGGAUUGUUUUGUUUAUUUAAGGAGUGUGGGGGAGAAAUUUCCCGUGUGAUUCAGUCAACAACAUAGUUGGGCCGUAUUUUGACUCUUUAUCUUUAUAGGCGCCAAGGCUGUACCUUCUCAUAAUCCAAGAUUUUGCCCAAAACCUCCUAUUAUCCCAUCGAUUUCUCCUUUUCCUCUUUUCACUGAUGCUUUUUACAAUAAUAAUAGAUAAAAUUUUCUUUUUCUUCCUCUCAUUGUACACAACAAAAUCAUUGGCAGCCAUGUUUCUAGAUCUAAGAUUUCCCCGCCAGAAAUAAUAGAUAUUUGCACUCAGCCUUGAUCAAGGUUUUGGCCUAAAUAUAGUGCAGGACCUAAAUGUUGCUGGGAUUAUGUCUUUCGUGUGAGUGGGUGAACGACUCUCAACUUCCAGUCACCUGUGCACCUGUUCUUAAUUUUAAAACCAACUAAGUUGGUGAGAAGUCCCUCGUGUGUAACGGGCUUUAGACAGUUAGACAAUUGGACUUCAAUCAUGUGAUGAAAGACUGAUUCAAGCAGGAUUUCUUGUGUUGUGUUGACAUCGGGAUAGCAGGACAAAGCUCAUGAGAAUGCUGGUUAUGGUUUUGUGUAUAAAGGAGAUUACAAGUAUUUGAAUGUACACACGUAAGUUAAGCCAGUAAAGGAAGAGGAAGAAUUCUUGAAAGGUGGUGUGGGUAAAACUAGUGAACACUUCCAGUGUACUGUACAAUGUGCCUUCAUCAGACCCACAUGAACCAGAUACUUGCAUACAGCGUAACCGCCAGUUUUCCAAGUUCAGGUUCCAGGUCAAGACCAAGUUUAAUAUGUUUGUCAAUUGAACCAAUCAUGUGUCUGUAUCUCUGUCAAGUCUCCAUCCAUCCUUCGGUGAAUUUUUCUUCUUUCUUUUGCGGUAGUUUGUUAAUAUUCUUGUGGAAGUGUGGAUUAAAUCAGUAUGUUGAUUACUAGUACGCUAAUGAAAUAAAGUAUGAUGAUAUUUUA